GUGCCCCGCGGCGGCGAGAGCGGCAAGAUGGCGGACGUGCUGGAUCUGCAUGAGGCGGGAGGCGAAGAUUUCGCCAUGGACGAGGACGGCGACGAGAGCAUCCACAAGCUGAAGGAGAAAGCCAAGAAGCGGAAAGGCCGCGGCUUCGGCUCAGAGGAAGGCUCGCGGGCUCGCGUGCGCGAGGACUACGACAGCGUGGAGCAGGACGGGGACGAGCCGGGCCCGCAGAGGUCGGUGGAGGGCUGGAUUCUCUUCGUCACGGGGGUUCACGAGGAGGCGACCGAAGAAGACAUCCAUGACAAAUUCGCUGAGUACGGCGAGAUCAAAAACAUCCACCUCAAUCUCGACAGGCGGACGGGCUACCUGAAGGGAUACACUCUGGUCGAGUACGAAACCUAUAAGGAGGCGCAGGCGGCCAUGGAGGGGCUGAACGGGCAGGAGCUGAUGGGGCAGCCCAUCAGCGUGGACUGGUGCUUCGUGAGAGGCCCCCCCAAAGGGAAGAGAAGGGGCGGGCGCCGGCGGAGCAGGAGUCCGGACAGGAGACGCCGGUGAUGGAUCCGAGCGCGUUCCGAGUCCAACCUGGGGGAGGUGGGAGGGAAAGGGGCGGGGGGGGGUUUGUAUGCGGGGGACGGGGCGUUCGGGGAACGGCUGGAGGAGUUAAACAGUUCAGCGGCACGUUUGGUUCUUCCGAGAGUUUAUUGUUUUCGGACGGGAAAACACGAGCGGAAGAAGCAAGGCCUGAGGUUUCCGGGGGUGAUUUUCACUGGUGGUUGUGGCGGAUGAGCCCGGUGACGCCCCAAAACACAACGUUUUUAAACAUUUUGUUACGCCUGCGAGUGACCUGGCAUUUUAGCCGCUCUUCUUUUGGAGAAAAGUUGUUUUCUAUACCCCAAGCAAACGUUCCGUAAAUCUCCGAGGGGUUUUAGUCUGUUUAGACGUUUGCGAGUGAACUCAGCCUUUAAAAUAACUCAUUUUGUGUAAAGUUGUCCUCUCCUUAUUUGUCCUUAAUUAAACAUUCUGUGAAGCUGUAA